GACAUUGACUUAUAUGACUUCGACAGUUGCGUCACUUAGAAUUUGUUGUAAUUUGAAUACACGUGAAUUUUACCGGAAAAGUUUAAAUAAAUUGAUAAUUUCUAAGGUAUGUUUACGAAUAGAGCGUCGCCGAUUUCAGCGUUUGCAGUAUACAAUAAAAAAAUCAAACAAACAUCUAAAGGAAAAUCCAAAACUAGUCAAUCAAAUGGAAUUAAACAGAAAAAAAAGGUAAACGAAAUAGAACCCAUUAUACCAAAAAAUCUUGUUACUAUUAAGAAAAAUAAACGUAAAAAUAAAUUAAAAAAUGAUAUAAAAUUAAAUCUAAUCGCUAUACAAGAAUCAAUAACCUCUAAUAAAUCUAAAGAAAUUGAAGUUAAAAAAACGAAGAUACAAAAAAAAUUAGAUAAAAAUACGUCCGAAGUUGAAGAUGUACCGCCAACGUUGGUACCAAUCCAUAUUCCAGAUACAGAAAUAGUGAUAGAAAAAGGUAUUUCGGAAUUGAACAAGACCGAUCCAACACCAGACGGACUAAAAGUCUUCAAAUGGCUCAUAUCUCCAGUAACCCCGGCACGAUUUUUCGAAAAAUAUUGGGAAACCGACGUGUUACACAUACAACACUGUAACAAAAACUACUACACUGAUAUUUUAACCACGCACAGAUUAGACGGGAUUUUUAGAGAAUUUCCUUUGUAUUACACGAAAAACGUCGACGUCGUUUCUUACGAAAAUGGCGUAAAGGAAAUCCAUAACGAAGAAGGAAAAGUAAUAGCGUCCGUUUUGUACGAUUAUUACACCAACGGUUGUAGUAUUAGAGUCUUAAACCCUCACACUUAUGAUCAAAAAGUACAUUUAUUGAUAUCGAAUUUGCAAGAAUACUUCGGGGCGAUGGUUGGAGCUAAUAUAUAUUUAACACCGCCUGAUAGUCAAGGUUUUGCCCCUCAUUAUGAUGAUAUUGAAGCUUUCGUGAUACAAUUAGAAGGAAGAAAACAUUGGAAAUUGUAUAAACCCAAAAAUAGUGACGUUUUGGCGAGAUAUUCAAGUCCGAAUUUAAAACAUGAAGAUAUAGGAGAACCUUUCAUGGAAGUAACCUUAAAUGCAGGUGAUUUACUAUAUUUUCCAAGGGGAACUAUCCACGAGGGUAGAACCGAUCCAGAGGCUCAUUCUUUCCAUAUAACUAUAUCUGUUUACCAACAUACUUCUUAUGCUGAUUUAUUAGAACAUGCACUACCAGAUGCGUUGAAACUAGCAGCUUCAGAAGACAUGGAAUUUAGGAAAGGACUUCCUCUCAAUUAUCUUAAACAUGUUGGAUAUGUGAAUAAAGGGGAUAAAUCAAAGGAGAGGAAAAGGAUAAUGCAGAAUGUGGAAAAGUUGUUAGAGAGUUUGAAAAAAUAUGUUGAUGUGGACGGAGCAGCUGAUCAAUUGGGAAGAAAGUUCAUGUAUGAUUCCAUGCCACCGAUUUUAUCUAAACAAGAAGUUAAUUAUACGUCGAAAUGUGACGGGGAUUAUAUGAAAGAUGGGAAAAUAUUUAACAGGGUAGAAAUCGAUAUGGACACCGAAAUAAGAUUACUCAGAUAUCAUUGUAUCCGUCUAGUUAUCGAACAAGAUUCCCCGAAAAUUUAUUACAAUACCGAAAAUGCAAAAUACUAUCACGGAGAAGAAGAACAAUACUUAAUAAUCGAUCACAAUUUGACACCCUGCAUCAAAGCGUUACAAACGAAUUAUCCGAAAUUUUUAAAAGUAGAUGAUCUACCCGUCAUCGACGGCGACGACGCCAUCAAAGCUCAAUUAGUGUCCGAUCUAUGGGAGAGGGGUUUGUUAGUGACCAACGGACAUUUGGGGACAAUUUCUGAUGACGAAAACAGCGUUUGUUAAAGUGAUUUUUUUAUUUUGAUAAAAUUACAAUUUUUUUUGUUCAUA